GCCUCCCUUCCUCGGAGCGUCUUAAACACAGGCCUCAGGCCCACAGCUCUGGGGGUACUUAGGGGGGCGGGGGACUGGUCUGAUGAGUAACCCCUCCCCCCAGGCCCCAGAGGGAGAAGCCUCUACUUCUGUCUGCCGGCCCAAGAGUUCCAUGGCCUCCGCCUCCCGCCGCCAGCGCCGAGAGCGUCGCUUCCGUCGCUACCUGUCUGCAGGACGGCUGGUCCGGGCCCAGGCGCUCCUGCAGCGACACCCCGGCCUCGAUGUGGACGCGGGGCAGCCCCCACCUCUGCACCGGGCCUGUGCCCGCCACGAUGCCCCGGCCCUGUGCCUGCUGCUGCGCCUGGGGGCAGACCCUGCCCACCAGGACCGGCACGGGGACACGGCACUGCACGCCGCCGCCCGCCAAGGCCCUGAUGCCUACACGGACUUCUUCCUGCCUCUGCUCAGCCGCUGCCCCUCGGCCAUGGGAAUAAAGAAUAAGGAAGGGGAGACUCCGGGGCAGAUUCUGGGCUGGGGCCCGCCCUGGGAUUCUGCCGAAGAAGAGGAGGAAGAUGAAGCCUCCAGGGAGCGGGAGUGGAGGCAGAAGCUGCAGGGAGAGCUGGAGGACGAGUGGCAGGAAGUCAUCGGGAGGUUUGAAGAUGAUGCUGCCCAGGAGGCCCAGGAGCCCGAGUCCUUCUCAGCCUGGUCGGAACGCCUGGCCCGGGAACAUGCCCAGAAACGCCAGCAGCAGCAGCAGCAGCAGCGCCGCGAAGCCGGGGGAGCCUGCCGCCCCCCGCGGGCCGAGGGCUCUAGUCACAGCUGGAGGCAGCAAGAGGAGGAGCAGCGGCUCUUCCGAGAGCGCGCCCGGGCCAAGGACGAAGAACUGCGGGAGAGCCGAGCCCGGAGAGCGCAAGCGCAGGAGGCCGCCGCCGCCGCCGCCGCCGCCGCCGCCGGGGACCGAGGGCCCGAGCCCACCAGGGCGGGGUCCAGGGCCGAGCAGCCCAGGGCCGCGGGGAGGGGUAGCCUCUGGCGCUUCGGCGACGUGCCCUGGCCCUGCCCCGGCGGGGGGGACCCGGAGGCCAUGGCUGCGGCCCUGGUGGCCAGGGGCCCCCCCUUGGAGGAGCACGGGGCUCUGAGGAGGUACCUAAGGGUCCAGCAGGUUCGCUGGCACCCCGAUCGCUUCCUGCAGCGAUUCCGAAGCCAGAUUGAGACCUGGGAGCUGGGCCGCGUGAUGGGUGCUGUGACAGCUCUUUCUCAGGCCCUAAAUCGCCAUGCCGAGGCCCUCAAGUGACCCCAGAGAAAGAGCCAGAAACUGCAGGGAUGUGGCCGGAGGGGUAGGGCAGUAGGAGGAAUAUGGUCAGUUCAGGACUUGGGUGAUCGGAAGAGGCAGCUAGCUGCGCUCCGAGGAUAUGGAGGAUAUGGGGUGGGGCCGAAACUUGC